AUUUUUUUUUAACCUCCACAUCUCCAUGACAACAAUGUGCGAUGGAGAAGAAUUGGAUACCAAGGAGCUUGCAGGCUGAUUGUGGUCCAUUGUGAGGGGCCUGAGGUCGCUGAUUGGUUCAAGGGAAGCACCAUAACUACAAGGAGUUUAUAUUCAUUCAGCUUGGUCAAGUGUCCCCCAAAUGCUCGCUGGAGGCUGCAGGACAGAGCCGCAUCCAUACAGUAGAGGUGGGUAUUGUUAAUUUUAUCUUCUAUUCUCUUACUUUGUUGUAGCUAUAGUUAAAUGAAAUUGGACAGCAGCGGUAUUAUUACAUAAACUAUUAAAAGCAAUAUGCAACGUGUUGGGCUAGUAAUGUACAUGUCUGCCUCACAGUCCUGAGUGAGUUUCAGGGUUCUCAUCCAAGUGCUUGUGUGGAUUUUCUCCUGGUACUCCAGCUUUGCCCCAGAUUCCAAAAACAUGCAUGUUAGGGUCAUUGAAGACUCUAAUUUGGGAGUGUUCAACAUUUUUUUUUUCAUUGUAGUUAAGGUUUUGUGUAAUCCUAUAAUUGCAUCAUUAUAUUAUAUAUUGCGCACAAAAAAUGGAUGGAUGAAAUCAAUAAAAAAUAGUUCAAUUCUUGUUCAUUUUAUUGAUUUAUUUUGAAAGAGGUAAAAAAAAACAAUGUCUGCAAUAUUGCAAUGAAAACAUGAAGACAACUUGCAAUUUUUGGAAGAGAUUUGAGAAAGAAAAAUGAAGUAGAUGCAGAUGAUUUGCUAGUGGCGGCCAUAUAAAAUGAUGCGAGGGACAAGAUCUGGGCCUGGGUCUUGUGCUUUACACCUGUAGUUUAAAUUGCCCAUAGAGCACCAAAAGUCAACUGGGAUUGGUUCCAGUUCAUUUUGCGCCACAUAUUCAGGAAAAGCCAUGUCGAAAUUGGAUGGACAGACCAUAUUAAUUUUCAUUCAUGUUGAUUGUAAGAAUAAAGUGUUAACACACAUCUCUUAUCAUCUACCUCCAGAUUUUUCAAGAUGGACUACUGUUGUUAACAUGGACUGAUUCGAGAAGAAACGUUGGAUGAAAUGGCAAAUGCAGACAGCGAGGUGAGAACGUUGCUGAAUUUCGUCAACCUGGCUUCCAGCGACAUCAAGGCAGCCUUGGAUAAGUCGGCCCCGUGCAGACGCUCAGUGGACCACAGGAAGUACCUGCAGAAACAGCUCAAACGCUUCUCUCAGAAACACUCCAGGGUGCCGAGAUGUCACCCGCUCAGGUCAGCUCAGUGUGCCAAGCCCAUUUCGGGUCUACAGCGUCCGCCGGGGCUGGAAAAGAGCGGCGGCGGGGUGCCAACAAGCGUGGGCAAAGUGGGGGGUUCUGUGGAGCAGGUGCCCAUGAGGAAACGCCAGCUCCCGGCUUCUUUUUGGGAGGAACCCAAGCUGAGCAAGCGGGAGCACUCGCACUCAGGACUGAGAAAGAGUCACGCCGCCUCAAUGGAGACCAGAGAACACAGGAAGGGGGGUCAAGAUGAGGAUGCCGAGGUCACGCUCUCCAGUGAGGCGCUCAAAUCGGAGCGGAACUCUCACCACGCCUUGAGCGUGUGCGCCUGCUCCCCUUUCCACUUCCACCAGCACCAACAGCAACAGCAGGUUCUCCACGCUCAAAUCGUGGUGCCCCAUCCACCUCUCGGGGUGUGGUGCAAGGCCGAGCCCGACCGAGUGGAACACCCGCACGGACAGAAGAUUCACACUCACGUGGUGGUCAAACCUAUACCCACCAAGCCCACCGUCCCGUCUCCAAUCUUCAGCGUGUUUGGCUUCAUUUAAAAUGUAAACAAGACUAAUUGUGUUCAUCUCAGCAACCAAUAAUGAGACUCACCCACAAGCACUUAAUGGAAUACUUGGGUCUAUUUUUGUCUAAACUGCACUUCUUCAUUCUCUCUUUCUAUGAUGCCAGACAGUAAGUUGACAGGUUUCUAUUUUUAGGACAGUUUUUAAAGACCACUCUUUGUUUUUUUUUUGUUUGUUUUUUUUUAACAACCAAAAAAAAAAAAACCAUAUUCAAGGUCUCUUUAAUCUAUGAGAAUAGAAAUGUGAGGAGUAGAAUUGAUUUUCUUAGUAACAGUAAUGUUUGAU